UCAACCAUUCGACCUCCAAAUUAACCCCUGAUCAGUGAUCACCACCUUUCCCCCGCACGACUCCACCACCACCGGUUGCCUCCUGCCACACGUCAUAUACCUGUCAUCUCGCAGCCAUAGUAGCCAUGGGCACGCUCGUAGGCCACGUCGCGCCGGGCACCGGCUUCCUGCUCAUCGGGCUAUGGCAGCUGUUCAACCACAUCCGGCUGUUCUCCCUGCGGCCCAGCUCCUACGCGGCGCCGGUAUGGUUCCCCGCGCGGCGCGUCCGCCACCUCGAGCUCAUCCUCGUCAUCGUCGGCACGUCGGCGUCCAUCCUGAUGGAGCUCGUCAUCGGCCCCGCGAAGCAUCAGCCGUUCGACGACGACGGCACCAUCCCCUCCGACCACCUCCACAACUUCGAGCACGCCUCCAUCUCGCUCGCGCUGCUCGCCUACGCCGCAGUCACCAUCCACCUGGACAGGGUCCGGGCGCACAUGCGGGACGCCGUGUCGCAGCUUGUCGCCGCCGCGGCGUUCGCACAGCAGCUGCUCAUCUUCCACCUCCACUCCACGGACCACAUGGGCGUGGAGGGGCAGUUCCACUGGCUUCUGCAGGGCGUCAUCGCCGUCACGCUCGCCACCACGCUGCUGGGGAUCCCGUGGCCGCGGAGCUUCACCGUGAGCCUGGUCAGGUCGGCCAGCCUCGUGUUACAGGGCGUGUGGUUCGUCGUCAUGGGCGUCAUGCUCUGGACGCCAGCGCUGAUCCCCAAGGGAUGCUUCCUCAACUUCGAGGAAGGCCACGAGGUUGUCCGGUGCCGCACCGACGAGGCGCUCCACCGCGCCAAGUCGCUGGUCAACCUGCAGUUCAGCUGGUACCUGACGGCCACCGUGGUGUUCGUCGUCGUGUUCUACCUCCAGGUCAGCAGGUUGUACCCCGAGGAGCCGCAGUACCUGCCGCUGGUGAAGGGAAGGCACGCUGACGGCGACAGGGAUGCUCGGUUCAGCAUCGGGGACGAUCACGAGGACGAUGACGACGAGGACGACCUCGAGGCCGCGAAGCGUAGUAACGGGCACGUGGUCAGCAGCACAAAGCCAAUGGAGGUCGAAAGGUAAUUGGAGCCGUAAUGCCGUAUGAAAGGAGGAAGCGAAGAGGUUGUGUAAUUCAAUGCAUAUACAGUAGAAUUUGUAAAGUGCAAACUGUACAGUUCUUUUACAUUCAUGGUUUGUUUUUCAUUGAUAUGAAUUUUACUCGUAAAUGCGGGUAAAGUUUGUGCUUGGUCUCCCUAGUUUUUUUUGUGAAUUAGUGUGAGUUUAUUUGAGAAACAGAAUGUCUUGUCAUGAUAAUGAAUACAUGGUUUACUUGUGCUGGA